AUGUCUCUUUCAUUUGUACUUUGGCAAAUCGGCUCUGAGAGGCAUCAGGUCAGGUCAUUGCCUGAUUUCACAUUACCAGAGCAUUCCAGUGAUGACCUGCCCGGCUGCCUGGCUGUCAUCGAGGGAGAUCUACAGGGCAAGAAAGACAAAUUGGAUGGACUUCUGACAUCUAAGAGAACACAUUUAUCUGAAGAGUUCUACCUUAAUCUGACAAAGGACUGUCAGGAUUACAUCAAAACUAGAGGAUUCAUCACAAUGCCUAUUAGUGAGGAGGAGAAAAACUUUCCCAUUGCCUACUCCAUGGUGAUCCAUGAGAAGAUUGGGAUGUUUGAGCGACUCCUGCGUGCUGUUUACCAUCCUCAGAACGUCUACUGUGUGCAUGUGGACCAGAAAUCCUCUGAAGAAUUUAAAGCAGCUGCUCAAGCAAUUGUUUCCUGUUUCCCUAAUGUGUUUAUAGCCAGUAAGUUAGAAAGUGUGGUGUAUGCAUCAUGGUCUCGAGUGCAAGCGGAUCUGAACUGCAUGAAAGAUCUGCUGAAAUCACCUGUCCCGUGGAGAUACCUACUCAACACCUGUGGAACAGAUUUCCCCAUCAAAACAAAUGCAGAAAUGGUUCAGGCAAUGAAGCUCCUCAAUGGAAGGAACAGUAUGGAGUCUGAGACCACUAAUGACUACAAGAAAGGUCGUUGGCAAUAUCAUCACAUCGUUGGCGACAGUGUUGUUAGGACGGAUACUAUGAAAAGUCACCCUCCCAUUAGCAGCCCCAUGUUUUCAGGCAAUGCCUACUUUGUGGUAACGAGAGACUUUGUGAAAUAUGUGGUGGAGGAUCAGGAGAUUCAGAAGUUUCUGGAGUGGGAGAAGGACACAUACAGCCCUGAUGAGCAUCUGUGGGCCACUCUGCAGAGGAUGCCCUCUGUGCCUGGGUCAAUGCCUGCUAACAACAAGUAUGAUCAGUCAGACAUGCUCGCCAUUGCUCGCCUGGUGAAGUGGAGUUAUUUAACAGGAGAUGUGAAAAAGGGAGCUCCAUAUCCUCCCUGUUCUGGCACUUACAGAAGAGCAGUUUGUGUAUAUGGGGCUGGUGAUCUCCAUUGGUUAUUUCAGCAACACCACCUCAUUGCAAAUAAGUUUGAUCCUGAAAUUGAUGACAUUGCCUUAAGAUGUAUAGAGGCAUUCCUACGCUUCAAAGCAGUGAACUCUGAAUUAGCAAUGACAACCUUUUAA